GGUCACUGGCCAAGGGAAACUAAAAAGAGGAAAAAAAUCCCACUGAGGUACCUGUCUCUAAAGAAAUAUCAAGAGAAUCAUAAAAAAAUGGAAGGGUAAGUGUCUUGAAACCUCCCUCUUGAAAGAAUUCAAGUCAUAGGAAGGAAGAAAUACAGAAGCAGGCAAGGAGUUCCAGAAUUAACCAGAGAAAUGGAUAGAUGAUGGAGAGUACUCGUAUUAGUUAACUCUUGCAUUAGAAAGGUGGACAAAAUAGGGAUGAGAGAAAGAAGAAAAUCUUAUGUAGCGAGGCCGCGGGAGGAGAGGAGGCAUGCCGUUAGCACGAUCAGAAGAGCAGUUAGCGUGAAAAUGGCGGUGGAAAAUAGAAAGAGAUGCAACAGUGCGGUGAUGAGAGAGAUGCUGAAGACUUUCAAUUAGAGGAGAGGAGUUGAUAAGAUAAAAAGCUUUUGAUUCCACCCCGUCUAAAAUAGUAGUAUGAGUGGAACUCCCCAUACAUGGAUGGAUAAGGCCGCUGUACAGAGAUAGCAGCUGGAGGGGUGAGAAAAACUGUUGGAGAUGACUCAGAAUGCCUAACUUCAUAGAAACUGUUUUAGCUAGAGAUGAGAUAUGAAGUAUCCAGUUUAGAUUAUAAGUAAAGGACACACCAAGGAUGUUCAGUGUAGAAGAGGGGGACAGUUGAGUGUCAUUGAAGAAGAGGGGGAUAGUUGUGUGGAAGGUUGUGUUAGGUUGACAGAUGGAGAGGUUGAGUUUUUGAGGCAAUGAGCAAUAAGUUUAUUCUGCCCUAAUCCAAAAUUUUAGAGAGAUUGGAAGUCAAGUGUUCUGUGGCUUCCCUGCAUGCACAACACUGCUACACAGUCACGCAACCUGAGUCACAGCUGCGCUGACACUUGCCCAUCACUGCCUCACUCACACCUGUUACGCAUUACAUACAUAUCUCUCCAUACUUCAUCUUCCAGUCAUGAACCGGCACAGUUCGUUGAAACAAGUAUUGCUGCACUGGAUCCUUCCACUGAAGAACAUGGUGUUCUAGUAGAAACUCAGCCUUCUCAGCUUAAGAUUGAGCCCAUGGAAGAAGACACAGCUGGCUUUUCAAAGAAUGCUCCUGCUGUGUGUGGCUCACAUCCUGUCACAACAUUCAACGCCAAGGAAGCAGCCUCCCAGACAAGUGUUUGUACUUCUCAGCCUCAUAUGUCAGGUUUAACAUUAUCAGAAGCUUUAAGAUUUCAUAAGGAGAAGUUGCAGAUUGAUUUGGCCAACAAGGCUAAUGGUGCAAUAAAUCUAACAGUACAAGCAGCACCACACAUAUGGGAGGAGGGGAUGCAGAAACAGCAUGCAAGUGGAAGUGGCAACAGCAUAUUCAACUCCACCAGAAAAUAUGCCGAGGCAAAUUCAGGCACCAAAAUUGAAUUUGAAGUUGAUGUAGAUGAUAAAACUGUCACCUCAUACCCAUUGCAUGUAAUUCACAAUAAUCCAGAAUAUCAACCCAGAUUGACUAGUGCUGUCAUUGAAAAGGGGAGUCUACCCUCUUUAAAAUUGCAUACAAAUUCACAGAAAGCUUCUGUGGUAAUGAUUUUAAAUUAUUUGGAAGGGGCCACAGAAGCAAGUGUCACACAGGAAAAUGAAGUCCCCAGUAAUACAUUUUCAGUGACAGAAGACAUCGUGAAGGAAGAAAUCAUUGACGAAAGUGAAUUGCAGGGAAAUGAAAUCUUCAGUAAUGCAUUUUUAGUCCCAGAGGAUAUUGUGAAAGAAGAAACCUUGGAUGAAAGUGUCACACAUCAAAAUGAAGUCUUUAAGUAAUGUGUUUUAGCGACAGAAAAUAUCAUGAAGGAAGAAGUACAUCAGAGUAAAUAAAGGCACUGAGACUUUAUUAUAAUUUUAAGCAACAUGCAGAUAACAAAACUGAGGAUGCCACAAAAUUUAGAGAAACUGAAAUCAAUAAAAAGAACAUACAAACAGCUCAA